UUUCGUUAGUGUUAUCAUGGCCAGUCACUGCGUUGCAUCCCGAGUUCCGUGAUUCUAAAUUUCUAAUAAUUUCACAAUAUCGUCUAGUUUUUGUGCAUCUGAAAAAGUUUUAUUAUAGCAAGAACCGCUUGUACAUACUUGUCUUAUAUGAAUUGAGUUGCAUGAAGCUGUCUGAUCUGGAUCCCACAACUUUACCUUGUAAAUCAAGCAAGAGGAAAAAUUGAAAUUUCUUCCGUCUUCCUGUCAACUCUAACCUCACCAUACAAAUCUAGUCAACAUUUAAAACCACAAAGUGACAAAAAAAUGUAAUGCUGGACUCAUCAUCAAACGUGAGUCGGAGUGGAAAUGCAUUUUCAGUGAUAUUCAGUUAAGAAACGCGUGCCUACCAAGUACUGUGGUACAUACAUAUUGUGGAUGGAUACGUGCAUUUAUGUAUUCAAUGGAAUUAUCCCCUACAGUGCCUAUCGUGUCGUAUGAUACAAAGUCUCUUUAAGAUUUGUUUAGUCCUACAGUGACAGUGCAUGUGAGCUUACGUGUCUAUGAAUGUGUAUGUCAAGAUGCGAGAACCAAGGUCAAAAGUCAACUCAGGGUUGUACAUUACAAAAAUAUAUGCAUAAUACCGAAUGUUAUUGGUUUUAUUAAAGCCAAUGUAACUGAAUAGAAUGGCAUUCAGUGUAAAUGAAGCACUAACAAAGUUCGCUAGUGCCGGUUGGGUCUCGUAAUCAAGAUUAAGUCUUAACAAGUAUUGAAAAAGUGGGUUUAUCGUUUGACUAAACCAAUCAAAGUUUAUUAGCUAUUUACAUAGACAAGUAUGACUGCCACCGGAGUGAAGAACGUUCUUGAGGUGUUAUGGGAUUUCUUAGCUCUCGUGAUUUUCAUCAUAUCCUGCAAUGUCGAGGCUAUCUUCAGAUAUUUUGUUAAACCACCCUUAAAGCCCUUAGAUGGGGAAGUUGUGUUGAUAACUGGAGGGGCAAAUGGGAUUGGGCGAGAGAUCGCGUUGCAAUUGGCAAAGACCAAGGCGAAAAUCGUGUGUUGGGAUUUAGAUGAAAAUGCUAGCAGACUCCUUGAAAAGGAACUCAAGGACUGUGAUGCUCAUUUUUACAAAGUCGACGUAUCCGACAGAAUUCAAGUUGAAGCGACAGCCUUAAAAAUGCAACAGACGAUAGGGGACAUUACUAUUCUGGUAAAUAAUGCUGGGAUUAUGCCAUGCAAAAGUUUCUUCAAGCACAGUCCUCAAGAGCUUGAAAAUCUUUUCAAAGUCAACGUUUUCGGAAAUUUUUGGACACUUCGUGCUUUUGUGCCAAAAAUGAUGGAAAUGAAUCGAGGCCAUAUUGUCACAUUAUGUUCAGCGGCUGGAUUGAUUCCAGUCAGAAACUUGGCCCCUUACUGUGGUUCCAAGCACGCCAUUCAUGGGGUCGUGGAAGGUCUUAAGGACGAAUUCCUGAGCAUGGAAGUCCCACCAAAAAUAAAUUUUACUACGGUGUAUCCAUUCUCCUGCAAUACUGGUCUUUUAACCGGAUUAAAAAGCCACACUCGAUUUCCAUGGCUGGUCCCUAAAUAUCUUCGUCCUCAGAAUGUUGCAGCCUGUGCCAUAGACGGACUCCGUAGAAAUUAUGAACACGUUUAUAUUCCUGGUUUCGUCCAGUUUGCCGGAACCACAGCCAAAGGUUUAUUGCCAAAAGUCCAGCGUGCUUCGACAAAUUUUCUCCAAUGUUAUGUUGAACCGACGAAAUAAAGUAUUUAAUUCUGCAUAUUUA